UGUUAGCCAAGUGGUUCUGUUAUAGAAAAUAUCUUAGCUGUCGUAGACGUGUAUCCUAAAAAGUUUUAAAUAAUAGAAAUUCUUGAAUAAUACACAUGCUUGUAUUCCUUUAUUAAAAUGGUGAAUUUUACUUCUUCUGUGGUGCUUUUUGUAGCAGUUAUCACUAUUUAUGCAACUACCGAAGUCUAUUCCAUCGUUGGUGGCCACACAUCGCUACCCGGUGCAGCACCAUAUAUUGUUGCUAUAAAAACUACUGCAUCGACAUUUGUCUGUGCCGGUGUGAUAGUAAAAUCUACAUGGAUCCUCACUACCGCACAAUGUGUUACCGAUAAAACCGCAACGGAUUUAAAGAUUCUAUUUGGUUCUCAUCGUUUGCUUACGAACAAGAAAAUGUAUUCCAUUAGUAACAUUGAACGACAUCCGUCGUACAAUGCAACGAGCGGUGCAAAUAAUGUGGCAUUAUUGCAACUAUCUGAAGCAAUUCCACUUUCAACAAAGGUUGCAAUAAUUGAUUUGAAUGAUGCGUUGACUCCCACCGAUACACCUGUUGUAUUUUACGGCUGGGGAACCCUAUCAUACGGUAGCCCAGGGUACUCAAACAUCUUACAAACGCUUUAUCGACGCACGCUAUCAUUAAGCGACUGUCGCACACGAAACGGAAUGUCGAACUUAUCGGACGGAAAUAUAUGUGCUAUCAGCCAACCGGGACAAGCUGCAUGCACGAAGGACGAAAGUGGCCCUUUAGUACGAUCCGAUUCGUCGAAACUCGUGGGACUUUUUCAUUAUGGUUCCCUAUGCAAUGGUCGUUCCCCUGAUGUAUUCGUAGAUAUUUAUACUCAAAAAACAUGGAUUGAUAGUGUUGCCAUCUGAGUAUCCAAAUAUGAUUCCUUAAGAUGCGUCUUUGUAAACAAAUAGUGCUAACAACAAAUGGUUGUAAUGAAAAUAAACUGAAAUACAUAAAAAGUUUGAA